UGGUACCUAGUUUAGCGCCAAAAGAACAGGAAGUGCAAAUUAUAACCAGAUUUCAGGCGGUAUAUCGGUCUGCAGUUCUUCAAAGUUCGACUUCUGUCCAGUUCAGUAAAUGGAGUCACAAUCGUAUCUUCCCAUAGAUCCCGGUGUGAGCAUGGAAGAAAAUUUCUUUUCAUUGGACGACAUUUUGCUUUCACACGAGCGACUUCCUAUCCGCACAGAAGUGACUUUUCCUCGACUUGGAUUCCUGGAGAAAUCGAGCGACUCGUCGGAUAUUCUGAUGGGUACAAAACUGGAGUUUCCUUUGUGGCUGUCCAAGGGUUUGUAUGAGCAGAACAAAGGGAUGCUAUUAGUCGAGCUACCCAAGGUUUACCGAGAAGGCUGGAGAACGGUGUUCAAUGCAGACCCCAAUGUAGUGGAUCUACACAAGUUGGGGCCAUACUACUAUGGCCUCGGAUCACAGAUUCUGCACUUUGACAAUCCAGAGAAUCCAGAAAUAGCACAGACUUUGCUACAGACGUUCAUUGGGCGUUUCAGACGGACCAUGGACUCUUCCCAGAAUGCUUACAAUGAGGACACCUCAGCGUUGGUGGAGCGUCUGGACUAUCUUGAGAAGGCGAUAUUCUUCUCUGGGCAAUGUGGCCUCAACAGGUUCCAGGACUGGGAGAAAGGACAGGCCUCCCAGCUCUCUGCCUCCAGCUUGGUGCUCAACUACCGCAAGAGGAAGAUAACAGACGUGCAGUCAUGAGCCAGUCUACUCGCUGGAGGAAACCCCUGGUGUAAAGAUAGACUUCUUGUCCUGCAUACGACACUGUGCUGAUUUUCUAUGAAAUGUUCCUAUAAUUGGUGGUGUUUUGUCUGGAGUUUGCAUGUUCUCCCCAUGCUUUUAUGGGUUUUUAUGCUUAUUUCACUGGUAACCUUUCACACAUAUGUGACUACAAAUAUGUAUGUACUUGUCUGAUACAUAAGUUUUGCAUCUGCAUCUUCUUUGGAGACUGACAAUUUGUCAUUACAUUAAUGUGCCAUUUUUUUUCUUUUUUUUUGAUAUUAACAGAAUGACCAACUGAGGUGCAUUGCUGUACAUGAUAACACAAAUUGCUUUGAUUGUGAACGUUUGUUUCCAGAUCUUGAGUAUUAUGUUCUGUAUCAGCCACUUCUUUCACUUCUUAACUAGAUUAAUAAAUGUUACUAAUUUAAAAACAAGAAAG